AUAUGGCUUCUACUUCGGCAGUCUCAAUGGCAAUGCCAUUGAACAAUGCGAGCCGACAGAGGGUUCCAACCUCAGAGGCCUUCAUGAAGCCACUUCCAGUGAGGCACUCAAAGGCUGUUGCAUCAAAAUCAAGUGGGAGGGUUCAAGUGAGGGCUUCCAUGAAGGAGAAGGCAGUCACGGGGCUCACUGCAGCUGCACUGACGGCUUCCAUGAUGAUACCGGAGGUGGCUGAGGCUGCAUCUGGGGUCUCUCCGUCGCUCAAGAACUUCUUGCUCAGCAUUGCAGCUGGCGGAGUUGUGCUUGUUGUCAUUAUUGGUGCUGUCAUUGGUGUUUCUAACUUUGACCCAGUGAAAAGGAGCUGAGAGAGCAAUUCCAAGGAUGGAAUUUAAUUUUCAUUUGCCUGUUUAAUGCUACUUCUAGUGAUGAUUUCUGUGUUGUAUGUGUAAUAUGUGAUUCUUUCAGCUAUAAUUUGGCCGGAAACUGAGUUCUGAAAUUUCA